GAUCCCCGAGGGAGCUCGCGUUUUACAUUCCUGACAUUCCGACCUCAGUCCCUCCUCACUCACUCAUUAUCACCGCCUGCUCUCUCUCUCCAGCAGUUCACAGUCAGAGAGCGCAGGACGAUGAGGCUCCGUUAAAACAGACUCGUGUGGAAAACGAACAUUUACUGGGAUCUCAACUCUAUUUAAAGCCACAUCGAAGUCGAGAAGAAGGUUUUGUUAUGAGCUGGUCUACAGCUGAUUAAAUGAAAACACUGUUUUGAAAGCGGGUUAAUAUUUCUAAGAGAAAAAAAAAAUAAACAGAACCUAACAUGGCGUCCACCGAAGAGCCGUCCGGCACGGUCCUCCACCGACUCAUACAGGAGCAGCUUCGCUACGGGAAUCCAACAGACACUCGGACCUUGUUAGCCAUCCAGCAGCAGGCCCUGCGUGGAGGCAGUGGAAGCAACAGUGGACCUAGCAGUGGAGGUGACAUGGGCAGGAGCCCAAGAUCAUCCCUGGAGAGUCUUUCCCAGGAGGACCCUCUGUUCCCUCAGCUCUCUACGAGGCAGGAGCCUCAGGGCCAGGAGCAUCAGGGAGACUACCACCAUUCAGAAAGUGGUUAUCAGCUCUAUCAGCUGCAUGGAGAGGAGCUGCCAACGUACGAGCAGGCCAAAGCACAAUCGCAGUACCUGGCUUCUCAGUGGGCUUCUGUGGGCCCUGUCAGGCAGCUCCAGGACGGGACUCUCCUGCACGAGGGAGUCUUUCACGAGGAGGCAGAGAUGGUGGAACCUAAGUGCGGCCAUGUGCGCUCACUCAGUGAGCAGCGUUUGCAGAUAUCUCUGGAGAGAAACGACACUUCAUCUAAGGCUGAGGCCUUUAAGGGAACGUCACACAGUUACCCUGAGCUGCCUUAUUACACCUCGCAAUUUCUUCAAAGCACAGGACCAAACCCGGGCAAACACUUGCCCCCUCCAGAAUAUUCGGUGCCCAUUCCGGGCCAAGGAUUUAUCCCACAACAGGUCCAGGAGCCGGUGCAGGCACAGCAGCACAGAUAUGUGCAGUCGGCUCAGCAGGGUGACGUCCCUUGCUACAACAAUUUCCCUGUUGUGCCACCUGCUGGUUUGGAGGAGCCCAACCAAGUGGAACUGCUGCUGAUAGAGAAUGAAAGGCUGAGGCAGGAGCUGGAGACACACAGGGAGAAAACUGGACGCAUUCAGAAGCUGGAACAAGAGAUCCAGAGGAUUUCAGAGGCCUAUGAUACACUGAUGCAGGGCAGCAGUAAAAGAGAAAACCUGGAGCAGACGCUGAGGAGGAGACUGGUGGCUGAGGUCAGGAGGCUGCAGGAUUUCAACAGAGACCUCAGAGAAAACCUGGAAAAUGCAAGAACGCAUGUGGCAAAAGAAGUCCAGGCAGCCGACCAUAACCAGCACAUCAUGGCCAAACUUCUUGAACAGAACGAGGAGCAGAAUGUCGAACGGGAGCGCGUAGAGCGGGAACUGCAGAGGCUUCGAACCACAGCAGAGGAGCAGAGACUCAGGGCGAAAAGACUCGAGGAGGCCCUGGAGGCUGCCCGAGGACGAGGCCGCCAGCUUGAAGAGGAGCUGAGAAGGAAAAGGGCUUAUGUGGAGAAGGUGGAGAGGCUUCAGAGUGCACUAGCUCAGCUACAGUCCACCUGUGAGAAGAGAGAGGGCCUUGAGAUGAAGCUGAGGACGAGACUUGAGCAGGAGCUGCGGAGUCUGAGGGCACAGCAGAGGCAAUCCCAGCCCCCUGGUGUGACCAUGAACUCCCUACAAGAACGCUUGCGUGAGCGGGAGGAGCGUAUCCUAGCCCUUGAGGCUGAUAUGGUGCGCUGGGAGCAGAAGUAUUUGGAGGAGAGCACCAUGAGGCAGUUUGCCAUGGAGGUGGCUGCUACCGCUGCCGCUCAGAGAGACACCACCAUCAUUAACCAUUCACCCUGCAACUCCUCAAACAACAGCUUCAAUGAAGACCUGCCAGUUGCUGACCACAGGAACCAAGAGAUGGAGAACAGGAUCCGCGCUCUUUAUGCACAGAUCUUAGAAAAGGAUGCGGUAAUCAAAAUCCUUAACCAACGCCUGCACCAGGACCAGGGGCAAAAGGAUGAGCAGUCUCCUCGUAUCAGUUACCUGAACCUUGCAGGUGCUCCUCUGCGACCUGCAUUCUCCACCCCCUCCAUCAGCACUAUCAAGACCAACACAAAGACUAGAGGAAAGAGUCUUUCCGAUGACCAGACGUUGCCAAACCGUCAGUUCUCUGCUCAGUCUGAGCCUGGAACACUUGAGCGGCACAAAGAGAGAACCAAGGACAAAGGCGCUGCUGGCAAAACAAAGCUCAACAGUGACAAAGCAACUCCAAAGAAGUUCCUGUUAAAUCCUUUCAGUGGGCUGGAGGAGCUGGAGCCGGAGGCAGUGGAGAUUUUCAUAUAAAGGACUGAGAGAAGUGGAUUUUUAAAAACAAAAGGGGAAAAGCAAUUCUGAGAAUCUGUGAAGAGUGUCUUUAAAUAAAUGAAUGGAAGAAAAUACUGGAUCCAAGAAUGUAGUGGAAAGAGGCCAAAGCACGCAGAAAAAAAAAGGACUGUUCUAAUGUUUUAGAGUCAGAGCUGUGCACUGACUCACUUUCUCUCACCCAGCCAGCCAGCUGCAGGCAGGCUGCCUGGCUGGGUGAGACCAGAUCAAUCUUCUGAGGUACUUGGACAGUAUUUUGGAUUGCAAUAGGGCAACAUGUUCUCAGAGAGUGUAUGCCAAAUAUUUAUAUAAAUAUAUAUAAAGAUAGAUAGAUAUACUAUAUAAUUGCUGCUCCCCUUAUAUAUUAUUUUUUUAAUCAAUUUGCCCCACUAUAUACUACUGUUUAUCCUACUGGGUUUUCACAUUCCCCAGCUCUUAAGCCUUGUGUUUCACUAGAUAAACACUCAGUAAGGGGGUAUCUUCAUGACCGUUCCCCUCCCCUCUAGAAGACGUUAAUCUGAACAACCCCCGUUCCCAUCACAUGUAUGUUAUCAGUCCGGCAGACUUUCCCUUGCUCAAUAAUUUAAGCUGAUAACACACAAGACUCUGCUGAUUUCAAGUGCUCUCACAUUCCACACUCCGUCGGCCCUAGUAGCUGGUUCUACCGGGGAUUAGUCGGGUUGUGAGUGAAGAGAUGCAUGAAAUAUAAUGUGGUUUGUUGUUGCCAAACUGACACAGAUCAGGUGUUGUUCGUUCAAGUGGGAGGGUGUAGUGUCAUGGUGUUGAUUUCAUCAUAUUACUUUUAUUCCCUUCUUCCUCCUCAGUAUGUUUGCAUGUGUGACUUCAGUAUGAGAGUGUGUUUCCUGAUGUGGUGAUUCUGCUGGUUUGGUCACCGCAGAGGGGAAGAAGUUGUGUUGGUUGUUGUGUUUACUGUUAGUUUUAAACUAACAAACAGGUUAAUUGUUAAUAUUAAUAAUAUUAUUCUGUUAAUCUAUAUUUUAUACAGAUGUCCGUAUUGUUAUUUUAGAUAUUACAGAGCUUCGAGAGACGCCAAAGAGUUUAUGUUUCGUGUAUUGUUUGUUUUAAGUUAUGCGUUGACAAUCAUGGUCAUGUCAAGCUGUUCCCAACCAACCGAGUGUUGACUUCAAACAGGCAUUUCUGUGAACUUCAAACAGUAUGAAGGUUUUUACAGUGGAAUUCAUGCAUUCGUGCACAUUUCAUAAAGCAAUAAAAUAAUAUAACGUACAGA